UCUGGAAAUGUACACAAAGAAAAGUCUAAUUACUCGAUUCUAAUGAAAGUAUUUGAUAAAUAAACAACAAAAGUGCUAUCGCGCAGUGUUGUGAAUAGAACUAUAUGUAAAAUAAGUGAAAAACUUACAUCUUUUCCAAUAACAGCCACACAAACAGCCAUUGCUUGCGAAAUCGAAGCAGAAGUGAAUCGAAACGUCAACAUGACUUUGGAUUUGCAUUAUUGGCGGCAUUGUUUGAAUUCGAGACCUAGAUAAUUAUAUGUUUUUAAAUUACAAUUAUAUGUCAAAUCGCUAUUUGUGCUAAACUGCGUUUAACGUGUGCCGUGUUAUUCGUUCGAUGAUUUGUAUGUGAUACCAAAGAAAAUUACGCAAAUAAACAUAAAUGAUAAAAUACACUAACAGGUGAUUUAGACUAUUUUAGACGUAAGCAAAUAUCAUAAACUAUUUAACCUUGCUUUUCUCUCAUAUUUAUGGAGAAUCCGCCGAAAAAAACUAUAACUAUUUAAAAUGGAUCAUCCCAUGCCAAUCAUCUACGUGAUGGCGGAAGGUGGUCGACAGCGACAACGGGUGGCGGAAGACCCUGGCGAGCUGAUAUACGAGGUGGACGAAAAAGGGCAAUAUGUAGUAGUUAAAUCCAUGGAAUCGACGGCUAGUGCUUACCUUCGAUUUACGAAUAGGACUUCGCGGCCUGUCGACGUUUGGUGGAGAGAUUUCCGAGGUGCGAAACGACACUACGUCAGACUGGAAGCUGGCACGUUCUUUGACAUAAACUCUUUCAUUUCUCACCCGUGGGAAUUCACUGAUGUGGUGACAAAGGAGAGCUGUGUGAUCAACAAUAAAACAAUAUUCCGACCGCCGAACAAUAUAGGAGGUAUGUUGUAUAGAACUAAUUGGAAUAUCACAGUUCAAGUGAGGUGUCUACGAAAAACUGCCAUGCUAGUCCUGGCUCAGCAUCUCAAUGGCUCGGAGGCUGUCCGUGCUCUUGGUUUGCCCAGAGUCUUAGCUGAUGAGCUGGAAUCCUUGGUCACAGUAUUCCACAGGCCCCGAACACCUCCCCAGCGCGAUUGACGCCAGAUCAUAUUUACGAUUGUUGUGAUGGCUAUAUUUUUAUAUCUCCUAUGGUGUUAUUUCCACUACCUGGUCACUAAGGUAUUUGCCAAACUUUUUAAGUGAUUUAUGUUCCAUCGUCAUUGUGCCAUAAUCAGAAUGUCCACUGCAUCAUUAUCCCCAUUAUACCUAGUUCUUAGGGGCUCACAGACUCAUAUUUAUUCUAAAUCAGCAAAAUGAGUUCUACAUGUGUAACUAUCUCGAAUAUAAUAUUUUACUACAGUAUCCAAGGCUUUGGUUCCCUAUUUACUCAUCAAGAUAAACAUUAUUUUAACCAAAUAAAAAUUAGGCAUACUACUGUCAUAAGUUAUGUCACAAAUUUAAUCUAAUCAUCGUACGAAUCAUAAGCUGCGCUUUAAACAUAUUUAAAACCAUGUUGUAGCCUAAAGAUUAAGAAUAACCUGAAGAGGUUUUUUGUAUUUUCUGUCAAAGCAGAGCCUGCCUUAAAACCCUGGAUGUUCAAUUGCCACUUUUACCUAUUCACAGUCACAGAUGUAGUUUUUAAGAUUACUUAAAAAUUUGAGGUCCAACACAAACAUCCAGCACUAUUUUCCUGCACAGUGGUGUUUAUACACGUGGGAAUGACUGAGAAUAUAUUAGUUUAUGUAUAUUUAUUUAAUGAAAUUAUAUAAAG